GUUCAGUGACGUAGGAUGUGCGACAUCGUUACGUAUGUCAGUAAAGCGGAAGUGCCGGUAGAGCCUGGCUGUAAACUGUUAGCCGUAUUUUCUCUUCUUGAAUGCUACUCGUUUUGGAACGGUGUCAUCAUGUCAAAGCAGCCGCUGGGGAAGACGUUGUUGAAGAAUGUAAUCCGCCACACAGAUGCCCACAACAAGAUCCAGGAGGAGAUGGAGAUGUGGAAAAUGCGAAACUGGGAGGUCCACACAUCCCACCCCAAACAUUUGUCAGAUACAAAGAGUGCGAGGGGGCAAAUGCACUGUGAUCGAGUAUCAGAGCGGCCUAGAGACCUGAGUCGAAGCAGAGAGCGAGUCUCAGAACAUGAUGACAGAGAGGCUCGAUACUGGAGUCGAAAACUGUAUGAAUUUGAGGCCAAUGAUCCUGACAGGUGGGGACAUAGUGGCUUCAAGGAGCUUUAUCCGGAGGAGUUUGAAAGCGACAGUGAAAAAAACAGUGCCACAAAGAAGGUUAGGCGCCACAAAAUGAAAAAGUCCAAGUCUGCCACAGAAGCAAGCUUAUCAAAACGAUCAAAAAAAUCCUCUCGGAAGAAGAAAAAGAAGAAGAAAAACGAGGAGGAAAAGCGUAAGAAAACCGAGUGCUCGAGCAGCGACGGCAGCACCGACGACAGCAGCGCUACUAGAGACAAGCAGCGGAGGAAAAGGACUAAAAGUCGACAUAAAAACAAGAAGACGGCAAAAACCAGAGGGAGAAACCAGGAGAGCAGUUCAGGCGACAGUAAUAAUGAAGUAGAAAGGGAGCGACGGACACAAAGGCGCAAAAAGCGAAAGCAGGACUCCCACAAAGACUCAGACUCAGGGCCCAACUCAAAAAAGAGCAGAAAAAACUGGAAAGCAGCCGGUGAGGAGAGCUUGGAUGAUAGUUCUGGAGACUGAGAUUCAAAGACAUGGAUAGACACACAGCUCAGGUAACAACCAAGAAAACUACUGCAGAUUCCUUUGUUUGCCUUAACUUCACAGAGGGCUUGUCUCUGCAGGGCUGUUAUGUAUUGUACUUGUUAGACAUCAACUCACUUGUGCGGUCUGCCCUCUCUGUGGGCGCUGUGUGUAGCAAUACCUCAUCCACCUCUGCAGUGGCUCGAAGCACGCUGUACGGCACCACAGACAGCACGAAGAGAGAAGGUGGGAUAUCCACCACCUGCCUCAUUAAUAAUUCUGUCGGCUGCAGGCUCAUUGAUUGAUUAUUGUGAGCGACUGUCUCCUCAGACUGUCUGCCUCACAAGAAGACUUUCUGUCCUGAAUUGACCUGUUUUGUAUAGCACAUUUUAUUUGAGAAAUAGGACGAAUUAUGCAACUUUCCUGACAAACAAUGAUAAAAUGUGCAUUUGCUUGCUUUUUUUUUUUAGUUUUGUAAAUUAAAAUGUUUGUACAUUGCCAUUGGUGAAAAAUAAACAUCUAUGUUGCUGUUUUC